GUUACUGCACGUCACAACUCAACAGGAAAAUAGAAUGGCAUGAGAUGUGUCAGAUAAACGUCAAGAACAGUCAAAAUAUUGUGUAUAUGUUGUUAAGAUAUUAGUUUUUAAGGGUUGCAAAUUAUUUUAAAAGAUAAAUUAAGAUGACUUCUUUGAGACAAAAACAGAUAAAUGCUAUUAAGCAAAUGUUAAAUUUGAACCAACCGCAAACAAAAUUGGGAUCAUCUGAGCCAGUUUGGAAGGUGCUUGUUUAUGACAGAGUAGGUCAAGACAUUAUCUCACCCUUGAUUUCAGUGAAAGAGUUGAGAGAAUUGGGUGUAACACUUUAUGUGCAACUGCACUCAGAUCGGGAUCCCAUUCCAGAAGUUCCUGCCAUUUACUUCUGUGCACCAACUGAGGAAAACUUAGGAAGGAUUAAUCAAGACUUUCAAAAGGGAGUAUAUGACAUUUACCAUUUAAAUUUCAUCUCUCCUAUAACUAGGCAAAAGCUUGAGGAUUUAGCAUCAGCUGCUUUGCAAGCAAAUUGUGUUGCUAAUAUUCAUAAGGUUUAUGAUCAGUAUGUUAAUUUUAUAUCAUUGGAAGAUGAUAUGUUUGUUCUAAGGCACCAAAACAGUGACCAUCUUUCUUAUUAUUCAAUAAAUAAGGGUGAUAGUAAAGAUUCAGAGAUGGAAGAAAUAAUGGAUAUAAUGGUAGACAGUUUGUUUUCAGUAUUUGUGACAUUAGGAAACGUGCCUAUCAUCAGGAGUCCUAAGGGCAAUGCAGCUGAAAUGGUUGCAAGAAAGUUAGAUAAAAAAUUGAGAGAGAACCUUUUUGAUGCCCGCAACAAUUUAUUUAAUUCCGAUGCACAAGCCGGAAACUUUAAUUUCCAAAGGCCUCUGCUUAUCAUUUUGGAUAGAAAUGUUGAUAUGGCCACGCCUUUACAUCACACUUGGACAUACCAAGCCUUGGCUCACGAUGUUCUAGAUUUCGCAUUAAACAGAGUUGUUGUCGAAGAGCAUACGCCAUCGGGAGGUGCAAGAGCUAAAAACAGGUCUUGUGAAUUAGAUGCCAAAGAUAAAUUUUGGGUGAGCCAUAAGGGUUCCCCAUUUCCUAUAGUUGCAGAAGCAAUUCAGGAAGAAUUGGAACAGUAUAGGUCGUCGGAAGAAGAAGUUAAGAAAUUGAAGUCUUCGAUGGGAAUUGAUGGCGAAAAUGAUGUAGCUAUGACCAUGGUAACAGAUAAUACAGCUAAAAUUACAUCUGCCAUUAACUCUUUGCCACAAUUGCUGGAAAAGAAACGUUUAAUUGAUAUGCACACAACUGUUGCAACAGCUAUCUUAAAUUAUAUUAAAUCAAGGAAACUGGAUACUUUCUUCGAAUUUGAAGAAAAAAUAAUGAGCAAAGCGACCUUGGAUAAGAGUAUAUUAGAUAUUAUUGGAGAUGCUGAGAUUGGAACACCCCAGGAUAAAAUGCGUUUAUUCAUAGUUUAUUAUAUAUGCACUCCUCAAAUUACCGAAGCUGAAUACAGGAAAUUCGAAUCGGUUUUAACUGAAGCAGGUUGUGAUCUUUCACCGAUGGGUUAUAUAAAAAGAUGGAAAAGCUACACAAAAAUGGUUACUGGUCAAAAUCAAUAUGAAGGAGCUGGUACUAAAACUGUGAACAUGUUCUCUAAACUCGUUUCACAAGGAUCAUCCUUCGUUAUGGAAGGCGUUAAAAAUCUGGUUGUGAAACGUCAUAACUUGCCAGUUACGAGGAUUGUAGAUCAUUUAAUGGAGUUUAAGAGCAGCCAAGAGAUGGACGAGUACCAUUAUUUGGAUCCAAAGCAAUUGAAGUUAACUGAAAUUCCAAGAAAUCGAUCUCCAUUCCAAGACGCAUUUGUAUUCAUAGUAGGCGGUGGCAAUUACAUCGAAUAUCAAAAUUUGGUGGACUAUGCUAAGCAAAAGACAGCUUCAGGAAAUACAAAACGCAUCGUGUAUGGAGCGUCAACUUUAAAUAAUGCCAAACAGUUUUUGAAGCAACUCUCGCUUCUAGGACAGGAAAUGUAAAAUUAAAUGGAAUAGAGGAUUUGUUUUUGUUAUAAUUU